AUGUCUCCCGCCAAUGCAUCAAACACCGAGUCUUUAUCAUGUCCCUCAUUCCCAGAACCUCUUAAGUCCUCAGGAGCUCUUGUCAAGUUUGUUUACGAGGAUACUACGCCUGUCAUAGGACGUGAGUUUCCAAAAUUGAAUAUUGUGAAUGACCUCUUACAUGCUACCAAUUCCGAUGAGCUAAUCCGUGAUCUUGCCAUCGAAAUUUCAACGAGAGGAGUUGUAUUCUUCCGUGCACAAGACAAUCUCACCGAUGGGCUUCAAAAAGAACUUGUCCAUCGCUUAGGACAGCUCAGCGGCAAGCCCUCGGACUCAACUCUUCAUAUUCAUCCUGUGCUGAACAAUACCUCUGAGUUUGGUGUCGUUGACGCAGAGAUCAGCCCUGUGAGCUCGGUACAGCGCAAGGCGCUCUUUAAUCUCGCUCCACCGCCUACCAAGCGCCGGUAUGAUUACUUCUCCCAGUGGCAUUCCGACAUUCAGUACGAGCCAGUACCUGCGGACUACACAUCCCUACGGCUCACACAGCUGCCCAAGACGGGUGGCGAUACGCUUUGGGCUUCCGGCUACGAGCUUUACGACAGGUUUUCCAAGCCAUAUCAGAAGUUCUUUGAGGGACUGACUGCGACAUGUGUAGCAGACGGGUUUCUUAAAUAUGCAACUUCUGACCUUGUCAAAAUCUAUGAGAAGCCCAGGGGAAGCCCAGCCAACAUAGGCGGCAGUCUCUCCGCAGUACAUCCUAUCGUACGGACCAAUCCGGUGACUGGCUGGAAGAGUAUUUUUGCGUUUGGGCCGUUCACCAAGAAAAUCAAUGAAUUAGAACAACAGGAGUCUGAUGAAUUGUUAAAGAAGUUCGGGCAAAUGAUUGUUGAGAAUCAUGAUUUGCAAGUCCGAUUCAAGUGGAGGAAUAAGAAUGAUAUAGCGAUCUGGGAUAAUCGCUCCGUGUUCCACUGUGCAACAUAUGACUAUGACCAGGAGCUUGGAGAGCGCGUUGGUACUCGUGCUGUCGGGAUUGGGGAGGCUCCUUACCUUGAUCCAAACAGCAUGUCUAGGUCGGAGGCAUUGUUCGGGAUUGCGGCUUGA